AUGAGCUUCGCCUUGCUCAUUCUUAAGAUUGCAUUGCUGUUGAGCUGCAUUUUCCAAAUCCAAAGCCAGGCUGACAAAGCCAUCCAGCAGCUAGGGCGCGUGCAUCGCAGCAACCAGCGGGUCCCGCCCCGCUUUGCAUUCGUGGUGACCCAGCUGGGUGGAGAGGUGCGCUUUGUCUCCACCGUGGCACGACGAUUGCGGAUUCUGGGAGCCAUGAUGCGAGGAGAUCGCAAUUCUGCACACGGGGCUGUCAGCAGUCUGGCCAGUUUCGACCUGCAAAACAGAUAUGGGCGGCUUGCCCUUGCCCGCUUUUUCGAGCUCCUGCGGACUGGCCAGCAGCCCGAGGUGACGUUCUCUUGCUUGGCGCGCGGCCGACAGAAGAAGCAGGGCUGGCCCGAGUUCAGGAAGGCUGCAGAGAAGGCUCUUGACUUGAUUGGCCUUCGACCCGACACGGAAGACAAGUACGAGGAGUCCCUGUCAGAGUCCAAGAGCCUCAAUGUCUUCCUGAACAGGUUGCUCAUGCUAGAGCCGACGAUGCAGAAUGCUCUGUUUGAUGCAGUCGCAGAGCUUUACACGCACCUUGUCAGCCGGUGCUUGACCGAUGUGGAGGGCGCGCUGAAGAAGUGGAAGGGUUCUACUGGUGCCGCCAAGUGCCAGGGCCCUGCAUCACGCUCCAGCUCUAGUUCUCCUGUGCUGGCCGUUGCACGCCCAUUGAUCCGCAGCGCGCGGGUAGGCGCCUUGGGCGUGUCAGAGGACGAGGACGAGAGCGAAACUGAGCUGGAGCUGCACUGGCCACAGCCUCCAGCUGGCACUUCAGAACAGCGGGUGUCUGCUUCUACAUUGCGCCGAAGCGAGAAAUUCCGCAAGGCCAAGGCCAACGAGCUUUCGAGGGUUCAGGCUGCUUGGAAGGCUGCACGCAGCGGCUCUCAGCAUUGGCAUGAGGAGCACAUACUUACGGGAUCAAUUCUGAGCACCUGGGCAGUGCUUGGGACUGCCAUCGGCGCGACGCAAAGUUCGAAGGCGCCACGCAAAAUACCUCUCGUGCGGACAAAGCUGGCCGAUGGAGGUGCCGUUGUUGGAGUUCGCGUGCAGCCAGAACGCCUGCAAGAAGUGCGGUAUGUGUUGUCAGCACUUUGCGAGGAAAGGAGCAGCAAAGAGCCCAAGGGCAACUCUGAAAGCGUAGACGCUGGGAGCGCUGGUGUCGAUAUUUCAAGGCUUUCGGCACAGCUUGAGGCCUUCCUGCGCACGCAGCCAGGCCAAAGCGCAGCAUGGCAUGGAUGGGCAGGAGCCCACAAAGCGCUGUUGGCAGAUGGCUUGGUUCCUGAUGGCGCUCCAGGAAUGCUCCUUGCCCAGGAGGCGGUGGAGGAUCUCGAGCGAAAUGGCAAGAUUGACAUGGAUUCCGAGACAGGUUUGGUGCACUUGCGUGAGAAACCGAAGGGCAACGGGUGGUACAUCCCGCCUCCCAAAAAGCCGAAGGCAGGCAGAGGCCGAGGGCGGCGAGGAGGGCGUGGGCGAUGA